AUAGAAAGAAGAAACAUACAAACCAGUGAAUAAAUGCAGAACAAAUGGUGACCCGUCAAAAACAAGACGGAAAAGAUCCGAAAUUUACUCUGAAACCUUUCGUUUUAAUACCACUCUGAAUCCUAUAUCUUUGUCUCCCCCAUGCCACUCUUAUUUGAGCUCUCCUGUGGUGGGUUUCCUUAUCAUCCUCACAAGGAAGAGGUCCAAAAAAAUAUAUUCAAUCUUUAGCCCUAAAAGCACAGACCCGAUUUCGGGUUUCUUCGUCAAAAAUAUCGGCGAUGAUUACCUUCCCAUGUCUGAGAAGCGUUCUUCUGGCCGCCAUCCUUUCGUCCUUUCUAGUUUCUUGUGCCGUUGCUCAUGGGAAGAAGGAGCAGGCUGUUACUUAUGAUGGAAGGUCGUUGAUCGUUAAUGGCAAGAGGGAGCUUCUUUACUCGGGCUCCAUUCACUAUCCACGCAGCACCCCUGAUAUGUGGCCAAGUAUUCUUGCAAAGGCUAGACGUGGAGGUUUGAAUGUGAUUCAGACUUAUGUCUUCUGGAACAUCCAUGAACCAGUACAGGGCCAGUACAAUUUCACAGGGAACUAUGACUUGGUGAAAUUUAUCAAAUUGGUUCAAGAGCAUGGUAUGUUUGUUACACUCAGGCUUGGACCAUUCAUUCAGGCUGAAUGGAACCAUGGAGGACUUCCAUUUUGGUUGAGAGAGGUCCCUGGCAUCAUUUUCCGCUCUGAUAAUGAACCAUGGAAGCAUCACAUGGAGAAGUAUGUUAAGAUGGUUCUAGAUAAGUGUAAAGCUGAGAAGUUGUUUGCUCCUCAAGGAGGUCCAAUCAUCUUGGCACAGAUUGAGAAUGAGUACAGCGCUAUCCAGCGCGCUUAUAGAGCAUUGGGAGACAGUUAUGUCCAGUGGGCAGCAAAAAUGGCACAGUCAAUGAAUAUUGGAGUGCCAUGGGCCAUGUGCAAGCAAAAUGAUGCCCCUGAUCCCAUGAUCAAUGCAUGCAAUGGAAGGCACUGUGGAGAUACAUUCCCUGGUCCCAACAGCCCCAACAAGCCUGCAAUCUGGACUGAGAACUGGACUGCUCAGUUCAGAGUUUUUGGUGAUCCACCAUCUCAAAGAUCAGCAGAGGACAUUGCAUUCUCUGUUGCUCGCUUCUUCUCCAAGAAUGGAACUCUAGUGAACUACUACAUGUACCAUGGUGGGACAAACUUCGGUAGGACAGGUGCCCAUUUUGUUACUACUCGCUACUAUGACGAAGCUCCUCUUGAUGAAUAUGGAUUAUUGAGGGAACCUAAAUACGGUCACCUCAAGCACUUGCAUAGAGCUCUUAACUUGUGCAAGAAGGCGCUGCUUUGGGGGGAACCUCGUGUGGAAAGAUUGGAAAAAGAUGUUGAGGUUCGGUACUAUCAACAACCUGGAACAAAAGUCUGUGCAGCUUUCUUGGCCAACAAUGACACUAAACAGGCAAAGACUGUUAAAUUCAAGGGUCAGGAAUUCCUUUUGCCAUCACGUUCUAUUAGCAUCCUCCCUGACUGCAAGACUGUUGUAUUCAAUACUGCAACAAUUGUGGCACAGCAUAACUCAAGGAGCUAUCACGAAUCAGAGAAAGCAAACAAGAACCUCAAUUUUGAGAUGUAUAGUGAAAAUAUCCCAACCAGACUCUCUGAUGUAAAUGUGAUCCCUCAUGAACUCUUUGGCUUGACCAAGGAUGUAUCGGACUAUGCAUGGUACACCACAACAAUUAAGUUGGAUCCAGAGGACUUGCCAAUGAAAAAGGAUAUUCUUCCAGUUCUGAGAGUUUCAAGUCUUGGCCAUGCUUUGGCAGCUUUUGUCAAUGGGGAAUAUGUUGGAAAUGCACACGGGAGCCAUGAAGAAAAGAGCUUUGUAUUCCAGAAACCUAUCAAGCUGCAUGUUGGUGUCAACGAUAUCACCAUCUUGGGCAUGUUGACAGGAUUCCCCGACAGUGGAGCCUACUUAGAGCACAGAUAUGCUGGUCCUCGUGGUAUUUCAAUCCUUGGUUUGAACACUGGAACACUUGAUCUGACAGAAAAUUUCUGGGGACACCGGGUUGGAUUGGAAGGAGAAAAGGCCAGUUGGUUCACUGAAGAAGGAUCACAGAAGCUCAACUGGAAAAAAGCCGGUGGGAAUGCCCCAGCUUUUACAUGGUACAAGACAUAUUUUGAUGCUCCUGAAUCUGAUAACCCUGUUGUUGUCCGAAUGGAUACAAUGGGGAAAGGUAUGAUUUGGGUAAAUGGAAACAACAUCGGCCGAUUCUGGACUGCAUUCAAAUCUCCACUUGGACAACCUUCUCAGUCCGAAUACCAUGUCCCAAGAGCUUACUUGAAGCCCAAAGACAACCUGUUGGUGAUACUUGACGAGGAGCCAGGAGUUGAGCCAAAUAAGAUUCAGUUCUUGUUGGUGAAGAGAGAUACAAUCUGCAGUCACAUAUCAGAAACUUACCCACCCAAUGUCAAGUCCUGGACAAGGGAGAAGAACAAGAUCAGACCAGUUGUUGAUGAGGUGAAGCUGAUGGCUAGUCUCAAGUGUCCAAGCCACAAGCAGAUCGUCGCAGUUGAGUUUACAAGCUUUGGUAAUCCUUUUGGCUCCUGUGGCAGCUUCUAUAAUGGCAACUGCACUGCUCCUGGUACCAAGGAAAUUGUUGAGAAGUAUUGCCUGGGAAAAGAAAGCUGUUCCAUACCCUUUGACAGAUCAAUCUUCCUCAAGAACAACGAUGGUUGCGCAGAUUCGCCAAAGUCACUAGCAAUUCAAGUGAAGUGUGGGGGCAAGUGAAGAAUAAAAUCAGACAAGAACACUGGGAUGUUUUAAAAAUCACUGUUUGGCUCGGAUGAAUGAAAUCAGACACACAGUUCAGCUUAUAAUGCCAACAGCCAAACAGAUUACUUCAAGAAUUCUUUUGAAAAAUCUUCUUUUUUUUU